AUGUUUUAUAAAGAUAUUUAUAAUUUAUUAACUGUUGGUGAAUUACCAAAUUUAUUUAGUUAAAAAGAAGAUUAUCUUAAGAUCAAAGAUAGAGCCAGAAAAUAAUAAAUUAUACAAAGAUGUUAAAAUCUAUGA